AUGGGCGGCGGCGCGCGGGCUCUGGUUUUCCUCCUGGCAUUCGUCCUCCUCGCGGGGAGGGUGACUCCGGACGAGUCAUUGCAGACGAAAUGUAUCGGUGAGGUGCAGAGUGUGAAACCCUGCAUCGCUUACGGCACCGGCGAGACGGGAAAGCCCGAUGAUAAAUGCUGCAACGUCGCCAAGAGUGUCAACGACAAGAAUCGCGUUUGCCUCUGCUACCUCAUCCAGCAGGUUUACGAGGGCAACCCAUUAGUGAGGGCACAAAAGCUUCAGGGCCCGCGCCUGCUGGAGCUCCCAAAGUACUGCAAUUUCCCAAACACCAGCCUCUCCGACUGCAUUGGUACGCCGAUUCUCCCUCGCCCCCUCCCGUCAUGAGCAUCCAGUAGCCCUCUAAUGAGUUAUCCUCUUCAGGGCUUCUCAAAAUACUCCCCGGCACCCCGGAGAACGGGAUCUUCAACGGUUCCGGUGAGAUCUCCACCGUCAACGACCCUCCCCAACUUUCUUCCGCUGACUGAUAAAUCAGAGAGCCAAACUAAGUCUCGAUGUUCUGGGCCGUAUGUGGUGCAGGUAUUUACCCGGGUGGCGACGGCUUCGCGAUCCGGGCCCGGUACUCAUACGCCUUCGCUUCGGCCGUGCUCUCUGCGGUGGCCCUCUCGGUGUUCUCCAAUUAA